AUGAAUUUAAGAGGACUGUUUCAGGACUUCAAUCCCAGGGCCGAAGGAGAGACGUGUGUGGAGUUCAAAGCCAUGCUGAUCGCAGUGGGGCUCCACGUGCUGCUGCUGAUGUUCGAGGUGUUGGUGUGCGACCGCGUGGAGAGAGGACACUACUUCUGGCUUCUCGUCUUCAUGCCUCUCUUCUUCGUGUCACCCGUCUCUGUAGCGGCCUGCGUCUGGGGGUUCAGACACGACCGCUCCUUGGAGCUGGAGGUGUUGUGCUCAGUAAAUAUUCUCCAGUUCAUCUUCAUCGCUCUGAGGCUGGACAGGAUCAUCAACUGGCCGUGGCUGGUGGUGUGUGUCCCGCUGUGGAUCCUGAUGUCCUUCCUGUGUCUUGUUGUCCUCUACUACAUCAUCUGGUCUGUCCUCUUCCUCCGCUCCAUCGACAUCAUUGCCGAGCAACGGCGGACCCACAUCACCAUGGCAAUCAGCUGGAUGACCAUCGUCGUGCCCCUUCUCACCUUCGAGAUCCUUCUGGUGCACAAGCUGGACGGCCACAACAGUCUGAGCUACGUGUGUGUGUUCGUCCCUCUGUGGCUCUCCCUCCUCACACUCAUGGCCACCACGUUUGGCCAGAAGGGGGGAAACCACUGGUGGUUUGGCAUCCGUAAAGACUUCUGCCACUUCCUUCUGGAGCUCCUCCCCUUCCUGCGAGAGUACGGCAACGUGUCCUACGACCUCCAGCGCAGCGAGGACCCAGAGGCGGUCGAGGAUCUGCCUGUCCCUGAGCCGCCGCCAAAGAUCGCGCCCAUGUUCCACAAGAAGACCGGCGUGGUGAUCACACAGAGCCCUGGGAAGUACUUUGUCCCGCCGCCUAAACUCUGCAUCGACAUGCCUGACUAACUGCGUAUCAGAGCCGAAACAGACUGCUGUACUCGUGUGUUCAAGUCAUGACGCUAAAACAGCAAAAGACACUGUGUUUGGGUUUUAGCUGCUGUCCUGAAGGAUUUAGUCCCUUCACCGAAAACUCCAGUAUGGUAUGGAAUGACUACUGGAUCCAGAAUCCUCACCCCGGCUGUUGUGAAGUAAAGACUGCCCUGCCUAACUCUGACGAGGAUUUAAUCUUGGACCCAAAAGAGAGGACUGCUUUGUGGACAUUUCUUGGAGGAGACUGACCACAGAACUGUCUCAGAUUCACUUGGACCUAAAUGUUGAGGUCGAUGUGACUGAUGGAGACGAAACAGAAGAGCUGGAUGUGCGUGGACUUGAAUAUUUGACUCUGUAACAGCAGUAUAUUUUUGAUUCAGACACGCUUCAGACCUAAAGACAAGGUGGACGCUUAUCUUGGUUCAUGAUGGGGACCAUUGGAGAGACUGUAGCUUGAAUUUGGGAUCAGUGUACUCUUAUUGCCCGUUCCCACUUUUGACCAUGCAGGUGCAGAAAACGAGGGUAAAGAAAGGUUGUUGUUGUUUUUCCAGGUAUGUCUUAGUACAAUACUUGCCCCCAUGUGUACUGAAAGUCUCUGCAAUCAUGUUACUGAUCUCUAUAAUCAUUUCUCCUACUGGAUCCCCCCCCCAACUUGGUUCCACUUCAUGAGAUUGAUUGACAAACUCCAAAGUUCGUAUGUGUAAGAAUGCGUUCCAGAAGUGCAGCCAAAGCUAACACAAGGCUUCAACAGCAGUUAUUUUCCAAAGUUAAGUACAAAAUUCCUUCUGUGUUGCAUCGAUCAGCGUAUCCAUGCUAAUCUGUGCAGAAGAAGGUAACACAGAGGGUAUGUCGUACUAAAAAAUUAUUCUAACUUCUGAAAAUACCGUUUUUUCGUCCAAAAUUGUCACACGUCUAAAAAUAAAUACGACCUCACGUUGUGUCCAGCACGUUUGCACACUUUCGUCUGUCAUUAAAAUUUGUGCACCGAACAGAAAAAUAAAACGCAUCGGGAUCGGUGUGCAAGGUCUCUGAUGAUAAUGUUUUUUUAUGUUUGUUUGUUUUUUUCAGGUGACGGAUUAAAAAAAUGCAUCUGAAAAAAAUGGACUUAGUGUGCAGAGGCCUUUACUCAUAGUGCUAAAGCCUCAUUAGCCUCAGCUGAACAUUUACAUGCUUUUUUUUUUUUUUUACACAGAACAAGAACUGUGGAUUUUGUCCCCACAUCUCUUACAUCAGAGUUGAGCCAGGAGGGGAUCUUUGUAGCCUUUGUGGACAGGAGGAAUGAUUAGUGACUCUUUCAAUGUACAUACGCCAUGUUAGUAAUGUUUAAGACAGAUCUGAAACAAUCUGAAGCUCUCCUUUAUGAAAAAGAACAACGGAAAUGGGGCUGGGCAAUAUGGAGAAAAUCAAAUAUCACUAUAUUCCCGACCAAAUGCCUCAGUAUUGAAUUGCAACGAUAUUGUAGGGUUGACUUUCGGUGCUUUCACAAAAUUUUUACACAAUGACAUUCUUGAUGAAUAAUCAUCAGUAAUGUGGAUAUUAUUGCGAAGUGAUUAAAGGCAAAUAAUACAACGGUGGUGAGUUCGGAAAAUUACAUCACUUUACUGAAAUACAGCCUUUAAAAUCAGGUAAAGACAAUAUUACAACAUCCAAAAUCUAAGAUGACAUCCAGUCUCAUAUCAGAAUAUUGAUAUAAAUUCGAUAUAUUGCCCAGCCCUAAAUCGAAAUGGCACUUUGUUAACGUGAUCCAAGAUGAAUCCUGUCUAACCUGUCAGUUUUUCUUAUUCCUGAUUUUUUGUAAAUAACAGAAGUUGUCAAAUUUGGGACCAGAGUGGAGAUGGCAGGGUUGAAGGUUAGAGACAGAGCUGGAAAAAAAACAUGAAGAAACUAGUAUUUGCAAACAAUCAUCCACUUCUAUUUUAGUUAAACAUGUAAUACUAUCUGUGUAAAGAGUCACCAUAUUAAACCACGACAAUGUUAAACAAGUUGGUAUCACAAAAUAAAAUAAGGUAAGUUUUUUUUUUUUUAGUUGAUGUCCAAACUUUGUGCCUCUAAAUUAUUCUAAAAACCCCAUGAUAAAUUUAAGAGCUUUGCUGUGCCCCUUUUGAUGUUACUACUAGGGGUCACCAAAGCCAAGCAUUUUCAAAUCCAAAACAUAUCAGCCUUACCAGGCUCGGACAAAAAAAAAUUGCAAAUACUUUUUUUUUUUUAAUUAAACCAAAUACAAUAAGUAGAGAGUAGAACUCCUGAGAUUUUCUGUAUGUGCACAUUGCCAGAUUUCCUCAAUUUAUCAAGUUACAUAGAUAAGCAAAAGCAAUCAUCCCCAUCUCUUAUUUUAUUUUGUUGGACAACCUGAUAGCUGGAGUGUCCAGCAUGCUGUGUGUACAUGUUUUUUUCUACAUUGUCUUUUUUUUCCAUUAAAUUGGUCUGAUUUCAUCGA